AUGUCGGUGGUGACUGGCGGCGGCGAGGCGGCCGGCGGGGCCGGCGGCGGCGGCGCGCGCGUCUUCUUCCAGAGUCCCCGCGGUGGCACAGGCGGCAGCCCGGGAUCCAGCAGCGGCUCGGGCUCCUCGAGGGAGGAUUCGGCGCCGGUGGCCACGGUGGCCGCCGCCGGGCAGGUGCAGCAGCAGCAGCGACGCCACCAGCAGGGCAAAGUGACAGUGAAAUACGACCGCAAGGAGCUUCGGAAACGAUUGGUGCUGGAGGAAUGGAUCGUGGAGCAGCUGGGUCAGCUGUAUGGCUGCGAGGAAGAAGAAAUGCCAGACGUUGAAAUCGACAUCGAUGAUCUCCUUGAUGCUGACAGUGAGGAAGAACGAGCUUCGAAAUUACAGGAAGCUCUCGUAGACUGCUAUAAACCAACAGAGGAAUUUAUCAGAGAGCUGCUCUCCCGGAUAAGAGGCAUGAGGAAGCUGAGCCCUCCGCAGAAGAAGAGCGUAUAAUUUUGGAACAGGGUAGAAUUCUCUCGGAGACGAAGAAAGUGACCUGGGAUUUGGACUUCAUGAAUACUUUUAUUAAAUAACCAUAGUUGUCUUUUACAAACAA